GUAGGGCUCGCGCUGUGUUGCACGAGCUGGAGUUUGCAGCAAAGGGGUGCUGCAGCAAGGGGGAGUUGCACCUGUUCCAUGUGUGGCUGACUCCCAUCCUCAAUGCUGCUACCAGGCCUUGGUGGCUCUUAAGGUUCCUCGUGUUUGGCAGCUCUCAUGUUUCCAACAUCCCUGUGCACAUUCCAUUAAUCUAAACAGGGCUUCUGGUGGCUGGGCAGCUCUGCUGACAUGUGCUCCCCUGUGGCUGGCUCUAAGAUUCUCUAUCGGAAUUCCCGCCUCCUGCGCAUGGCCUUCCUGCAGCUCCAUCGGCAGCAGAGGGCAGAUGUGUUCUGUGAUGUCAUCCUGCAGGCAGAAGGAGAGGCUGUCCCCGCUCACUGCUGCAUCCUCUCCGCCUGCAGCCCCUUCUUCAUGGAGCGCCUGGAGCGCCAGACGCCCUCCAAGGGGUGUAAAGUGGUGCUGGAGCUGCGGGGGCUAAAGAUCGGGACGCUGCGGAAGCUGGUGGACUUCCUCUACACCUCGGAGAUGGAAGUGUCCCGGGAAGAGGCCCUGGAUGUCCUGGCUGCUGCCCGGCAAUUCCAGGUGGCGGAACUGGAGUCGCUGCAGCUGGAGGGCGGGAAGCUGGUGAAACAGGUGCUGGGUCGGCGCUUGAAUCGGAAGUGCCUGCAGUCGCCCAGCCCGGCUCCGAUCUCUGCCAGGGUCAUGCCACAGGCCUGCUCCCCGGCUCCCAGUGCCCCACAGACAUUCCUCCCCCUGGUGGCAGGCAAGCAGCAUACGGGGGGGGGCACCAGCGCCGGUCAAGCGGAGAGCACCAAGCGCAAGGGGGCUGCCGUAGCUCAGAACGGGGAGGCCCAGCUGCAGGAUGCGGAUGCUCCAGCGCUGCCAGUGGAGACGGGGAAUGUGAGACCCAAGAGCCACCCCCUGGCUUUCGUCAGGAGCCUUGGCGUGGGGAGCACCCUGGGCGAGGCUGAAGGGGCGCAGGGCGAGAGGCGUGCAGAGCAGGCCUUGCCCAGCGAGGGGGCCACCACAGACUGCUCGCCGCUACCCAGGAAGAUCAAGCUCAGCCGCCUGAAACUGCCCCCUCCCUCCAAGACCUGUGCCCCAACGGCACCCCUCCCGGCAGCCCCCGGCAACCCACCCACCUCCAUCCGGCGCCUCUGGCGGCAGAAGGCACCAGGCGGGGACGAAGCAGGUGGGGCAGAGCAGGCCAGCCCCUCUUGCUGUGCUGGGAGCCCCCCUGUGCCUCCGAAGAGCAGCCACAGGAAGCGCAGCUCCAGCGCCUCCGCUUCUGGCUCGGACACGGCCCCCGAGGAGGGGCACGUGGGGCGUGUGAAGCUCAGAAAGGUGGUUAAUGGGAGCUGCUGGGAGGUGGUACAAGACCCGCCAGCCAGAGAGCCCCAGGCUGCCUCAGUGACCACGGGGGAGACAGGCACUUGCUGUGCGGCUUCCCCCCACAACUUCACGGGGAUGCAGGCAGCUGGUUCCGCCGAGCGGCCGGCUGGAAGGCUGGAGCCCUCGCUGCUGCCUGAGCUGGCGACAGUAGAACAGGGGCCCUCAGAAGGGAGAGGAGGUUGCAGGGACCCGUACGAGCUGGACGUGGCGGCCUUGGAGCCCUUGAGUGAGAGUGAGGAGUUUGGGGACUCGGCCCCGCUGGAGCAGAUGCUGGACCUGCUGCUGGCAGACAGCAGCAUGGAGGGCCUGGGCGCUGCUGGGCCAGCGGGUGCCCCUUCUACGGGGCCCGGAGAGAAGUGGUGCCCCGCAGAAGCGCAGCUGUGGCCAGCAUGGGACAACACAGAGAAAGGCCCCCUGCCAGGAUGGGAGGUGGGGGGUGGCCACUCUGCACAUGGGGCGGCCACCUCGCAGCCAGAGGGGGACGAGAUUGCCGUCGGGGCUGGCGCGGAGGAGCCGCUGGUACCUGCUGGCGUCUGCGUGAGGCCUGACCUCUCCUCGGAAUCAGAGGAAGAAGUGGACGUUCUGAACUAG